CCGGUUUCAUUUGUUGUUUUGUGUGUUGCUUUGCUACSGCGCAAGGUGUUCGGACGAAUUAGCUGUCAAUCUCCGACCAAAUAUAUUUAGGGUAGGUUGAUUAAGGGAUCAGUACUGUAGCAGUUCCMAGUGAGAUUAAUUCUGGGUCUGCUAGAGGUUAAUGGGAUAUUGCAAGAGUCCUUGGACUUUAUGCCAUUUUCAGGUGCAUUUACAUUAGCUUGGUAAAGCUAACUAGCUAGCUACUGUACAGUAACAUCACAAGCAACCUCMGUUUUUUAGCAGUUUUUUUUUCUACGCUCACGAAAUUGAAGAUGUCCGACUCCGACAUAAUGUCUUCAACUGAAGACMGAGCCAAGGAGAUUCUGAAGGGGUUUAAGCUAAACUGGAUGAACCUGCGUGAUGCUGAGACCGGGAAGGUGCUGUGGCAGGGAACGGAGGAUCUGUCUCUUCCUGGGGUCGAACAUGAAGCUCGAGUCCCCAAGAAAAUUCUCAAGUGCAAAGCUGUGUCCAGAGAGCUAAAUUUCUCUUCGUCAGAAAAACUGGAAAAGUUCCGCCUUGAGCAGAAGGUUUUCUUCAAAGGCCAGUGCUUAGAAGAAUGGUUCUUUGAGUUYGGCUUYGUGAUUCCCAACUCCACAAACACAUGGCAGUCUUUGAUAGAGGCGGCUCCAGAGUCGCAGAUGAUGCCCGCAAAUGUUUUAACUGGAAAUGUUGUUAUAGAGACCAAGUUCUUUGAUGACGAUCUUCACGUCAGCACCUCCCGAGUACGACUUUUCUAUGUCUGAAGAAGAACGAACAACUUACUUUUUUAUUUUCUAUUAAUCCUUGGAAGUGAGAGGGUGUGGGGGGAAAAAAACAGGACCAUGCAUACACAACUGUUGUUGUUAUCCAAUGGUCACUGGAAGCCAAGUUCGACGGAGUGCAUUUCUCUUUACAGUGACGGGUGACCGCAGCACUAAAGGGAACAAUGCAGGAAGAAACCGACAUCCAACCAAGUCAUCAAGAUCACACUGGCUUCUUGGCAGACAAGACUUUUUGUAUGUAAAUAUAUAUAUAUAUUUGGGCAAAGAUGAUGCUCAUGGCAAGAAACCAUGUAAAUUAUUUUAUUUGUACAUUCAUUUUUUUCCCUUGUCAUUCCAGAAAUGUCACCCUGCGAUGUACACUGUGUAACGGAUGUCGGGGCGAGGGGACGGUUUAAAGUUAUACUGUUACAACCUGCGAUGUACACUGUAUGUAACGGAUGUCGGGGCGAGGGGACGGUUUAAAGUUAUACAGUUACAACCUGCGAGUACACUGUGUAACGGAUGUCGGGCGAGGGGCGACGUUUAAAG